GGACGUAUUCAAGCAUUUAUAGAGAAAUUGAAACUCACCAAUAUUUUAUUGCAAAAGUUACGGAAUACAUUGAAAUUAUUACAAUGGCUGGGUUCUCAUUUUGGAAGUUCUGUGUACACUUUUGGAUCGCAUGCUGUAUUCCGGUUAGAAGCCUUCAGAGUCAGCAUGACUGGGUUAAAACCAAUAUGUCGUCGUUCGAAAACUGCAACAGAACUGAAGCUGUGGUAUACGGUUAUAACCUAACCGUUUCACCCAGUCCUAUUAUUCUACAUCCGGACAUACAUGACAACACCGUUCCACCAAAAGUCAAAGUGCAGGGUCACUUUAUCGUGACAAGAAAAGUACCGUCCGAUGAGAAUGGGAAAUUUGAGCUCCUCAACUCGUUCAUUCUGUCAGCAGACAACACAACCACUGAACUCUGUCAGAUCUUACCACUUGACUUCUGUCACGUGACAGACGUAUGUUAUAUUCUCAACAAAUGGAUGAACUUACCAAUCUGUCCCAUCUUGUUCGACGACGGCAGCGGUCCUAAGGGAUGGGAUUGCCAAUGCCCGUUCGAACAGGGGACGUACAUAAUGCCGCGAGAAGAAUUGGCAAUAAACGUAUAUUUUCCCUUUCGACUACAUGCAGAUUUCAAUAUCAUAGCAAAGAUCAAAGAAAAUGGAGUACCGUUGGGAUGCGGCUCAUUCAAAUUUUCAGUGCGGAAAGCGACUGAUCCCGAGGUUUUUAAUGUAACGUAGAGGUCAUCGUAAAUGUGUCGUGGUCAACAAGAUGUCGGAUUUACAAUACCAUCACUGUUUUUAUGUAGCUUUUGUAGCUUUUUAUAAACAAAUAUUAUUAUUGAACUAGAAACAAUUACAAUAGUGAAUUUAAACAGGCAUAUUAAUGUUUCUUCGACCUUAUUCGUGCUCGGUUGCAAUGUGUUCACGUCGAUCGAAUAUUAAAAUGAAAUAAACGCUAAUAACUCUCA